CGAUUUUAAUAUGAAUGAGUCGACUAACUACAGUCAACAAAGAUUGUUUAUUCCGCCCUAGCGCUGUGGUGCUUGGAUACCUUACGCCGCAAAGGAAGUUGUUUUAUGGAGUGGUAUUUCUUUUUCAUUAGUCGCAAUGAGUUGAUUGCCUGUUGAUAAACAAUACCGGCAAGUUAGUGAAAAUGGCCAGUAGUGUUGUAGGAAGCUGGUUUCCUACAGGAUACCAUGGCCACUUCCGAAGUAAGUCGCGAAAUGAUUUCAUUUGUGAGUACAGACAACUGGCCAAGCCACAGCCCCCUGAAAGGUUCAUCGAUCGGUCAAUGCAACCAAGUGCAAGGCAUGUGUUUUCACAUCACGAUAACCGACAGUCAUUUCUACGAGAUGCAUUAAUUUUUGAACAGGGUCUUGGAAGAAAGCGUGUGGCAAAUGAGACAUACAGAUUCAAGCCGGAAUUCAUAGCCUGGAUGCCAGAGCGAGAGUAUGUGAUGAAAACCCUGUGCCCCCAGAUGUCCACUUACAAAGUUGACUAUAAACAGAACCAGAACAUUCCACAGCUGCUUGUGAGGAGACCUCGGACGUCAUUUGACAUUGAUCCACCAACGACCACCUAUCGGUACGCACAUGGCUGUGAUUCCCCCAACAAGGACUUCAUCAGCGCCAUGAACAACAAGGGUCUGUUGUUGUCCACGUACACAAAAAAACGUCCCAAGACGACCAAACCGCAGUAUAGGGAAACGGUAGCCUCCUGUCUCAACUGGUACAUCCCUAAGCCACCAGUUCGAGCUCAGGUUUCCAGUGUUCGACCUCAGGUUCCUUGUGCAACGCAGCUUACAAACUUUGAAAAUCAAAUGGAACCGUCAUCGACACAAGACACAAAACCACAAGACACAACACCGCAAGACACAACACCGCCGGAAUUGAGCUGGCCAAAAAGACAGGUGGUGCAGAAGAUGGUGCAUCCUGCACCAGAGUCAGGUCCAGCCCCAGCCCCAGCCCCAGCCCCGGCCCCAGCCCCCGCCCCGGCCCCAGCUCCUGCCCUGGCCCCAGCUCCUGCCCUGGCCCCAGCUCCUGCCCUGGCCCCAGCUCCUGCCCCAAUAGCAGAAGUGGUUGUAAGUGCAGCAGAAUAAAUAUUAAGCUUUUAUGGUAAUAAAAAAAUAUAUAAUUAUUUAGAUCUCUCACACUAUAAAGUAACAUGGCAUUUUAAAAACAUACAGUGUGUGGUACCCCAUUCCAUUAUUUUACCAGUGGUCUUGUAAGAGCGAUUUUAAUACCUGCCAUGAAAAUAGGAGAAAUUGUUUUUAACUUUAAGCUGCUUAAAAAUAAUAGCAUUUUGGCAAACAAAGAAAAUAGGGUGAUUAAAAUUUAAAUCUAGGUUUUUUGGUGAUUUUCUAAUAACAUUUUAUCACUAUUUCUACCUGUGUCUCAUGCCCUUGCUCAUUUAAAUAACAUAUAGUUGUAAGACUUUGGAGAACAUUGUGAUUCUGGGCAUUAGUUUUAGGAGUAGUGGCCCAAGUCAUAAUUGAGGGUUUUGGCAAACAGUAGCUUAUCAUGAUGAUUUUUUUGGAAAGUCAAGUUUAUUUAAUACAACACCACUGGAGCACCUUGAUAAAUUAAUCAUCGGCUAUUGGAUGUCAAACAUUUGGUAAUUCUGACACUUUGUCUUCAGAGGAAACCCACUUUUUUUUUUAUUAACAACAAGGUAUCUUUUAUAUGUAUUUUUUCAUAUACAACACAUACCAUGGCCUUUUAUGUACCAGUCAUGGGGCACUGGUUGAGAUGUGAAGACACUCCCAGUUGGGUUAAUGCAAACAUAUUGCAUUAUGGGUUUCACUUGUGAAUUAUUCUGUGCGAUUACUCUCGAUACAUUACUUAUAAAGAUCUUGUAAUCAUGUAAUUUACAGUGAAACCCUUUAAAACACACACCCUCAGUAAACUGGAAUUCCCUCAAAACAGGACAUUUAUUAAUACAGAACAUAACCUUUCUAAACCAAAUACCUCUUAAAUAGUCCUGUGGGUGUCUGGUUUAGAGGGGUUUCACUGAAACUAUAAUGAAUGACUAUGAUGGUUCUGUUAUAUUUCAAUAUUAAAUACUGGUAUGUUUAUUGAUCCAAGGAACAUUCAAAUGGAAUUUAGCACAAUCAAAAUACAGGACUUAAUUUAACAAUUUUAAAAUGGUUAACUAAAACUAAAUGCUUAUAAGGAUGAAGUGGGCGUUAAAAACACAUGUGCUUAAACAUUCCACUUUUCAGCAGUUUUACCAUUUUAUACUUAUCAUUAUCACUUUUUAUCAUCCAUUUCUCUCUCUUCAGCAUGCUGAGAUAAUUUGUGGUGUUUCAAUAAACAGAAACCUAUCAAGAAAAAACCUAUUAAUAGAACUGACCACAUGAUUCUAAAAAUGGCUGUAUGCAGCAGUUUAUUGAACACUAAGUAACAAAGUGCUUUGCCUGUGAUUGCUUGUAUAUUUGUUAUCAUGCUUAGUCUGUCGUCAUAUCAGAGUAUUACACGUACCUAGGUUCUUUCAACAUAUACAGUUAAUGUUUGUUAACCCAACACCACACUUGUGAACCAAAUUUAAUUCGUAUAUGAUAUACUGUAUAUUAUUUGUCACUUUUAGAUUGUAUUUUACUGAAUGUUUUUUUUAGUGUUUUUUU